GAUCUGGAUUUCCCUUGCCCUGCCUAUCUUGAUCGGAUCAGCAAAUAAAGGAAGCAAGGUAAUAUCUUGUUGCCUACAUAUACUUCAAGUUACAAUCUUCAAUCUUGGCGAUGACAUCUCUAAGCUUUACGACACCCACCCCAAAGCCGACAUCUAUCAUCCCUUCUAAGCCCCAGCAAGUUACAAUCAACGCAUCCGUAAGCUUUAACAGUUUCAGCAGAGGCUUUUUAGGGCGGCGAGAAGUAAUAAUCUCCGUAGCUGCGUCAGGGAUAUUGUUUAGUUUUGCGCCAGCACCUGGCCAAGCAUUUGCAGCGGCGGAGGUAGACGAUGAAUAUGUGAAGGAGACAGCGGAGGUGAUAAACAAAAUGAGGUCUACAGUCAAUAUGGACAAGAAGGAUCCUAGCGUGACGUCGGCUGUGGCGGAGCUUCGUCAGGCAUCCAACACCUGGGUGGCAAAGUACCGCAGGGAAAAGUCCCUGCUUGGUCGGGCUUCAUUUCGGGACGUGUACUCCGCCAUUAAUGCUGUCUCCGGCCAUUACAUUAACUUUGGUCCAACCGCUCCAAUACCCGCUAAGCGGAAAGCCAGGAUCUUGGAGGAAAUUGACACCGCUGAGAAGGCUCUGCUUCGAGGAAGAUAGCUACAGAGGUUCCGAGCACCAGCGGGCAUAUAUCCGUAUAUGUGGUUGCAUUGUCUCCACUAUUUCGAGCUUCUUAAUUAGGAGUUGCCUCUCAAUUUACCCUUUUUUUUGCUGUUUGGUAUAUCUACUAGUGUUUUUAUCUUCUUCC